AGGACCUUCUUGGCUGCGGGCUAUUCCCAGAAUGACUUCAUUUCGAACGUGACAAUGUAUGAUGAGCAAAAGCUUUACUUUUAUCCCCGAGCAGUCUCUGCGGCUAUUUCAACCCAGAAGCUAAGUAAGGCUUUGAGAACUAGAUUUUGACCACACAGCCAAGCUGCUGUCUCGAGACGUCGAACCUAUAUUCUAACUUGGACAACCGUUAAAUGCUUCAUAUUCUGCCCCCCCCGGUUGGCAUCUCUUCCAAAGAGGAACCCCACCAUCUCAAGGCUUUUCGAAAGCAUCAAGGGCCUUUUAUCGUCCCAGAGAGCUAGCUCCUACUGGUCAACACGACGAGAUCACCAUACAUCUGCUGCCAUCAGUGUUUAUUCGUGGGCGUAGGAGGAAGACUAUGAUAGUCACAACCAACGCCGCCGAAACAUAUGACACCAAUGCUCUACUCCGCGUAACGCCAAUUCUCAGCCGGUUCCAACCUGCAAUCUGAUCCCUUUAUGCUGUCAGGUUCUUGGGUUUUCAGAUACUUUUCAGCCAUCAAACAACACGGACACUGGUACACAACGCUACUGGGACUACCGUAUCUGGCAUGCCGCUCCAGCCAUCGCAAGCACUGUUUCACCAAGACUCUCUGGGCCAGCACAAUAACCACGUGCCCACGUCUUCAAUAUUAUUGUUUGGAUCAAACCCUCCAGUUCUCGACAAGACUUGUCGAAAGACUGCCUGUCACAGCCGUAGGUGUCACUUACACAGAGCGAAGACAUCGCCGCCAAGGCCCCUACUGCAGCUGGGCACACCUGCGUAUUACCAGACCCAUUCGGCCAUACAGACGAGUCUCAUCCUAUCCCCCCUAUCGCCAAUCUCGAGGUUUUUAUCCAAACAAAGCAGCCUUGACGGGCUCGCUGCUGGUACUCACGCCGCACUAUUUCGGCAAGCAGAUCCAGAAGCGUCAGCUGGAAGUGCCCGAGUAUGCCGCGAGUUUUGUCAACUAUAAGGCUCUCAAAAAGCUCAUCAAGAAACUAUCUGCCACCCCGAUCCUCAGCGCGCAAAAUGACCCUCACUGCCCAGCUACCCCUGUAGACUCCCAGGCUGCUCUGCAGGCAAAUAGAGCCAAGUUCUUCUUUCAACUGGAACGAGAAUUGGAAAAGGUCAAUGCCUUUUACCUGCAGAAAGAAGCCGAGCUCAAAGUACGUCUCAAGACCUUACUAGACAAGAAGAGAGUUCUUCAGUCUCGUCGGGGCGUCUCCAGACGAUCGGCCAAGUUUGCUACGCUCCAAGAGGGAUUCCAACAGUUCGCCAAUGACCUCAACAAGCUGCAACAGUUUGUGGAAAUCAACGGCACUGCCUUUUCCAAAAUCCUCAAGAAAUGGGACAAGACGUCAAAGUCGAAAACGAAAGAGCUGUAUCUCUCGCGCGCCGUCGAGGUGCAGCCAUUUUUCAACGCCCCCGUCAUUAGCGAGCUGUCGGACCAGGCGACGACUAGCUUACAGGAAUUGGGUGCCUGGGCAGAAGGGGAUAAUGUCAAUUUCGAGAGCCGGCCAGAACACAUAGUCAGCAGCCAACACCUCCUUGGAACCGACGAAGGCGAUGCGGACACGCUUCUCUUAGAAACGGCCAUUUUCGGCUAUUUGGAGUCAUUGCGAGACCUCCUUUCGAGGAUGAAAGCGGCGUCCGAGUCGACAACCACCAUGGACAACUCUUUGAUGGAAAGAGUGACGCGCACCUUCUUGGCUGCCAUCCACGAAGCCCCUCAAGCUUCUUUGGAUGUGCUGCUAGCCACUGACUUGGUGGACAUCCAGUCGGAGGACGAUAUCAACGAGAGGAAUUGUCUGCACCAGGCUACUAUUUAUGGCAACUCCUUCGUACUGAAUGUUGGCCUUUCGAAUGGGGUUGCUGUGAAUCGAACGGACGUUUAUGGUCGGGUACCGCUUCACUAUGCAAGCAUGCAUGGCCGGUUAGAUAUGGUUGAUGCGCUCCUCCAAGCCGAUGCGGCAACGGCCGACUUAAUCGACCACGACAACUUCACUCCCCUGAUUCAUGCUAUCAUCCAUGGUCACAUUGCUUGCGUAGAGCGAAUUUUGGCAACCUCGUCUCGACUAGACCCUAAAUCAGAUACGGACCAUGUACCGCUCAACCUGGCUUGUGAACACGGCUCUGUUGAGAUAGUGGAACUUCUGUUGCGAAAUGGAGCCCAAAUACUACCCGAUGCAGAGGGGUUGUAUCCUCAACAUCUGGUCGCUCGAUCGGGUCAAACACCCCGUUUACUCAUGUUACUGAAACAGUUCGGAGCCGACCUGGAUCAAAUCGAUAAGUUGUAUGGUUGGACGCCCCUAGUCCAUGCCGCGAGCGAAGGCAACGUUCCCUGUCUCCAGGAGCUGCUCAACAUCGGUGCCAAUUCCAACAUCGUCGACGAGAAAGACCUGCCUGCCAUGUACUAUGCUGCAUGGGAAGGUCAUUUAGAGUGUAUGAAACUGCUCUCGCCCCAUCAAAGGGACAAUAAAUCAAGCCCCAUGAUGACGCAAGGCAGUGCGUAUCUUGCACCGAUGGACAGUAGUGGUCCUAUGCCCAUGUCCCUCGACGCAGACACUAUCCCGGCCCUCGAACUGCCACCCCCGAUCAUACCACUUCGGCGAUAUGGCCACAACUUUCUCGAUACAAAGACCGUUGUCCAACUCAGCUUUGAGGAGAGCGGCGAACAGCCUCUUAUCUUUUUCCAUGACAGCAAGUAUCCUGCAGCACGAUUGACGAUAUCGUCGAAAGCUACCGAUCUCAUCCCCAAAAACAUCAUGCUUCCAUUUCAGGAGGACACCAGAUUGGUGUUAUUCCAGGUUGAGGAGCUAGACACGUUUACUCUUGAUUUCGACGUAUUCCCUACGUAUGGUGCUAAGAUCAUCGCGAAGACUGUCGCUCUCCCGGAUACUUUCCGGGCCUCACUACGUAGCUCUGGAAGAUGUUGCUUGCCCCUUUUCGACCCGCGGCUACGUGCUAUCGGACAGAUCAGCUUCAAUACUCAGGUCAUCAAACCUUUUCAGGGAGCGCCCCUCGAGAUUACAGAUUUCGAGACGUAUUGGAAAGCAACAAGUCAGGAUGACCAACAUACAAGUAUGUUUGUUAUGGGGUCGAGUCUAUCGGGCGAAUUUGUACAAGUGUUCGUACAAUGCACCAGUGACGGGGUUCCAGUCUUGUGGCCGAGAUGGCUGCUGCACUGCGGAGGGAUCGAGAUACCCGUCGCACGGCUAUCCUAUGAACAAUUCAUGACGAUCACUGCUCAGAGCCCGAGUCGAGCUCAUCUGGCAGCAAUCUCGUCUCAACCCCUGGAGAACAUUGCUGAGAUCCACCGUGUUCUAGCAACCGCCGGCGUCUCCCUGAAAGACGCGUUGGCACUGUUGCCAGCUACAAUGCACGUCAACAUCCAAAUUCUCUACCCUUCAGAAGAGGAAGAACGGAGCAUGGGUCUAGGACCAACAGUAGACGCCAACAACUUCGUGGAUGCCAUCUUGGCCGAAGUCUUCGACCACGCUAGGGCGCAACGGGCUCAAGUACAGGCCCCCGAAAUGGUCCGAUCCGUCGUCUUCAGUUCCUACAACCCUACACUCUGCACGACGCUGAACUGGAAACAACCCAACUUCCCCGUCUUUCUCUGCAACGACCUCGGACGCGAGGAGACCAUGCCGGCGCCUGACGUGAUCCAAAGCAGCGGGCGGAGGACGUCGUCCAUCAAGGAGGCCGUUAGGAUCGCCCAGAACAACAACUUCAUGGGCUUGAUCUGUUGUUCUCGCCUCUUGGACAUGGUACCGGCUCUCGUGGACGCCAUCAAGUCCCAGGGACUUGCGUUGGUCGUGGACAAGUCGGCAGAUAAGACGUUGGGGGCUCAUCCCAGUGCCGAUCCGCUGCCGAAGGGAAUUGACGGCAUCGUGAAGAAUAAUGGCGUGUUGCGAUUCAACGAGUCCAUAGAUGUGUAGUGGUAGGGGGAAGAUAUAAUCGGUGAACGGAUUUGCAUAGGAUCGGGGUUGGAGGCGGACUUAGUUGGGAGGGGGGGGGGCUAUUU